GAGUCGGUACGUUUUACUGCAACCACUACUUCCUGGUGGAAAUGAUGAACAAAAACAGUAUUGUACUUGUAUGAUGUUUUGGAUUUGAAAAUAAAACUCUAUUGUUAAAUGCCCCUCGACCUCCCUAUGCUGUGACAAUGAACCAGUUGAAAUACAUGUAUCAAGACAUCCAGCCUGUAGAGUUGCAUGUUCCUGAAGAGAACACCACUUCCAGACUGUACUCCAGCACAGUGGAAGGUAUUGAAGGCCAGGUCUCUAGCUUGGUAGAGAUGUUUCUGGUGGAGAUUUACAGGUGUAGAGUCUGCCAGUUCACCACCAGCUUGAAGAAUAAGAUCAGUGCCCAUGUGUCCAACAUCCACCAGUUAGGGGGGACCUGCCAUCCUCUGAACGGCUCUGAGAAGGAUAGGUGUCAGGAGGAGGAUGCCCCCUAUGGCGUGGAGGAUGAAAUGAGCACAGAGAACAAGGAGAACGAGGAGAAUCUGGAACGAAUGUCCUUCCUUCUCCCCAUGUAUAGGAUGCUGCAAAACAUAAGCCCCCAGUCAUGUGACAUGGGCCUCAGCACCAACAGUGACAGUCUGCACGUUGCCCAUACCUGCGAGGUGAGCACAUUGUUUGAAGAGGAGUCCAGUCAAUUCCACUUGGAGGAUCAGGCUUCUAUAGCGUCUAGCUCUUUGUCAUGCCCCACUGGAUCAACUGGCGAGGACCAAGGUGACAAGAUGGCUCAGUCAGCUCACCUCAUGUCUUUGGGUCUCUGCAGAAUCUCAAGCAUCAAAACCCAGUCUUUGAUUUCAGAACCCAGCAGAACAGUUCAACAAGCUGACGAGGGCUCUGAAGGACGUCCCAAGAAGAAAAGACUGACUGCUGCACAUCCAGGCCACCAUAAAGGUUCAGAUGAUCGGGAUGGUGGGGUGAGAGGCAGAACUUUUUCCUGCCGACUGUGCAACCUGUAUCUGCCAUCCAAGCCACUGCUGGAGGUGCAUCUGAAAUGCCAUGAUGGGGAGCAGGGGUUCAAGUGCAUGCAUUGUGGUUCCUUCACGGCCGAGUGGACGUGGAUGGAGAUGCAUUUACAGGACCACAGCAAGAAGCGACGUCCCCACCAGUGCUCUUUCUGCGAGAAGGCCUUCAAGACUCAAAAUGCACGGAACGUACAUGAAAACAGACACAGGCGGAAGCCUGGCUUGAUUCAGUGUGCCACCUGUCUCACUGUCUAUUCUUCAGAACAUGAGAGAAAUCAGCAUCAAGCCUGUCAUUACCAAGACACUUUUAAAUGCGUACACUGCACCUACUCGGAUAAAUCUUGGAACAAAGUCUACAAGCAUCUGUGCACGCAGCAUGACCACGGAGGAGAGACACAUGUAUGCACUGAAUGUGACGAGCGGUUCAACAGAAAACUAGAUCUCAAAGAGCACCUGACAAAACACAGCAGCUCCAGACAGUUUGAGUGUCAGCUAUGUGGAGAGGGCUUUCAACGCAGGCGUGAAAUGGACCAUCAUCACAAACAAGCCCAUGCCAAGAAGAAGAAGAAGAGAUGCCAUCCAAAGGCAUGUGAGAUUAGUACAGUGCGGACAGACAAGGAUAUAUUGGCCAACAGAGGAAAAACUGAAAAAGGGGUUUCCUGCAACUUAUGCAACAGAAAUUUCUCCUCUAAAUUGGCUUUGCAAAGGCACAUGGGAAUCCACAGUGGGGUGAAACAGUUUGAGUGCCAAGACUGUGAGUACAAGACCAGGCUGAAGGCCUCCCUCAUUCAGCACCGACGCAUUCAUACAGGAGAGAAACCGUUCAAAUGUAAUCAGUGCCCGUAUGCCUCCAUAGACGGCAGCUCCUUGCGAAGACAUUCCAGGACACACACGAAUGAGAAGCCCUACCAGUGUGAGCAUUGCUCAUACAGCUGCAUUCAGAAGAAAAGCCUGGAUCUGCAUGUCCGCCGACAUCACACUGGUGAGGUGUUCGCCUGUCAUUACUGCUGCUACUCCUCACCUGACAAGCAGCUCCUUCACAGGCACCUGAAGAAGCAUCACCCAGACAUGAGGGGCUCAUUAAGCAGCUCCGAGGCAACACCCGGACUCUCAGCAGAUCAUUUCACUGAUAACUCCUGACCCUUGCCGACAGCUAGACUCUGGCCGUUUACUGAUGGCACAUCCCGGUGUGAAAAUGUAAACUAGGUCAACUGGGCUGCACGCAACUAGCAGAAUGCACUGAAUGCACUAGCAACUGUGCACAGUAAUAGAGGCUGUCUUUUGAGGGCCUUCCAAUGUGUUUUGCAUUCACACAAUUAUCAUUGCCUACCCUUGUGACAGGUACAUGUUCUUCCACCAGUUAAGCCCUUAACCCCUUCCCCUUCGGUUUGAAAUUGACAUAGCAUAAAGAAGCUCCAUUUGAAAAUACAAGCUGCUUUUGGUUGCGUAAAACUUUCCUUAGAAGCUGUCUCUGCAGGCUGUUCUGCAGAGGUGUGAAGAAGUGGCAGUUAAGAGUAGGACUGUAUUUUUUUACUGUAAAAAUGGCAUAUGUCACGAUCUAAAAAGAGGUAUUUCUUUUUUUUUUUUGUCAUUUAUAUUUUUAUUAAGUUUUCAAUGACUGAAUUUUCAUCUCCUACAAUUAGAUUUAAAUACAAUUGUAUAAUUCAUUAACCAUCUGGCCCUCAUUAAUACAUAAAUAAUAGGAUACAUGUAGUAUCUCUAAUCCAUUGAUAAUAAAUAAACAGUUACUUCAUGUCAGAGAUUGGUAAGAAUUUAUCCAAAUAUUUUUUUUCAAGAGUAAGGACUUCUAAUGCCAAAUUGUGCUGUAAUAACAUAGGUAUAGGUUCAGUAUCCUUCUGAAUACAAAGAAUAGAUUUUCUAGCAAGAGUGAACAGACCAAGAAGUAGUUUGCAUUCUGGAAAAGAAAGAUGUAAAUCAGAGGUAUCUCCAAGUAUUGCUAGAUUCUGAGACAUUUUUAUAUUAGCAUUAAAUAUGUUAUUUACAUGAAAAAAUAUAUCUUUCCAAAAUACUGAAACCUUAGAACAAUACCAAAAUAAAUGUAGUGAAUCAGAGUUGUUUUUGCCACAUCUCCAGCAUGAAGAGUUAUCUGCCAGCUUACAAUUAUAUAACUUGGAGAGGGUAAAGUAAACGUUAUGUAUUAUUUUAUAUUGAAUUGAACACAAUUUAGCAUUAUGUGAGGAUAAUUUGACCUUUCUGUUGAUUUAAUCUCCACAUAUUAUUACUAAAUUCUGUUUUCAAAAUACUUUCCCAGUAAGUUUUUAAAGAACCAUCAUAGGCAUUUUGACCAACCUGAAACAAUUUAUAUACUUUUGAAACAAAUCUAUGUGAGUUUUUAGAAUCAGAUAAAAAUUUCUCUAAUUUGGUAAUUUGUGGAUGACAAGUUUUCUUUUAUAUAGUUUACAGAGUAGAUUUAAUAUGAUUAUGUACAAAUGAAUUACUUACAUUAUAUUUUGCUUUGAGUGCUCUUAGAGAGGGAAGGAUGUAUUAGUAAAAAUGUCACUAAUUGUAUUUAUACCAGCUUUAAUCCAGGAGUUGUCCCUUAAACAUUUUUUCUUAAGUCAGUAUGGGGUUAUUCUUUAUACUUGAGGUUAAAUACAUUAUUCUGAUAUCACUGAGUUCAAACAUUGCUUUCCUGAAAAUGUAAUUUGGAAGUUUAAAACAUACGUAAUUUGGUAAAGAUGAUGGGGGGCCAUGAAGUACAAUUUCUUUAAGGUGAAAGGGUUUUAGCAGCUUGUUGUAAAACAUCAAACCAUAGUGAGGACUCAGAAUCAGAGACUGAAAAACUUUUGACAGUUGAAAGUUGUUGGGAUAAACAAUCUUGUUUACGAUCAAGUAUUUUGAUAUUAAAUUUAUUAAUUAAAAUAAGAACUCCUCUUGAGGCAGAAGUGUAUGAAGAGUGUAGUGCUGUACCCACCCACCUUUUCUGUAAUUUGAUUUCUUCUGAUUCGACCAAAUGAGACUCCUGAAUUAAAGCUAUAUCACAUUUUAUUGUUGACAGAUAACUCAGGAUUCUGUAGCGUUUUAUGGGGUUGUUAAAGCCCUUAACAUCCCAAGAGAUCACGUUCAGUUUUUUAGACCAAGAUGAACUACUCAUUGAGAAAUAGUACAGUACAGAAAUUAAUAUUAAGAUAAAAUCUUGAGAAGGCCAAAUAAGAUGUGUUAUUAUUAAAUCGUACAAUUGCAGAAUUGUAAUAAUUUAAACAAGCAUUUAAUAAUCUAAUCUGGAGAAAAGACUGUAUAUUUGUUAACUUUGUAUCACUCAAAAGGAUAUCGAUUGUGUAAGUAGGAGAUGCCAAAAAAAUAAACAGGACAGAAUAAAACAGACAAAACACAACUAAACGAGACAGUACAUGUGAACAAGUAAUGUAAAAGAAUACAAUAAUAUACAGAAAAAAACCGAACAUCACUGACUGGUCGUGACAUCUUACUCAAAACGAGUCCCAACAGAGUCGAUAGGAUUAAAGUAAAAAAAAAAACCUAUCUCAGGAAAUUAUCUUUAGCUUUCAUUCCGAAAGAUAAAAGCUGCCAAAGUGAAUUGCAGUGUACACCUGUAUAUAGGUAUACUCAUUCACACAUAUUUGCAUCUGUAUAAAUUAACGAUAACUACCGAAUUUAAAUUAGGAUGAAAAAAAAAAAGAAAAAGUGUGUGCUAGCAUAUACAUAUUAUGUAAUAUGUAUAUUGAGCUACUGUAUAUUUGUAAAUGUAAAAUUUCACUAUAAUAUAAUAGACAAUUUUCCCAAGAUAAAUAAAUACUGAUAAAUGGGUAAUAUAGUAUAGACCAUUUACUUUACGGAGAUACUUUACGGGAUAUGUCCUAAGCAUAUGCAUAAAAAUAAGAUCAAAUGUAUGCAUCGCACAAUAUGAGGGGAAUGGCCGACAAUAUGCGUGAUCCUGGUAUAUUCGAAGGUAUGCGACAAGUACAAAACCAGGUUUGUGAUGCGCAGUAUAAGGAUUGUAAAAUGACUGCAUUAAAUCUGAGCACAUUACCAUUCCAGCACUGUCUACAAACAGGCAACAAUGGGAAGUGUGGGUAGCAUGCAGCGUGUCCAUCGACAUGUGGAUGUGAAUGAUGCA